AAUCGUAUUCGCUUUAUUUUGCAUUUAUGCAGAGUUGAUACCAAGGACGACGUUUUGAUGCUUCAUUAAUGUGUUACAUAUCAUAUUGGUCAUUGCCUAAACUUUUAAGCUUAAAAACUAAAAUAUUAUUCCUCAUAAAGUCAGAUAUGUUAACAUCUAUUUUUUUCAUUGUUAAUUUUUAUGAAUACAAUACAUUGUUGCACAAGUUACAACGAAAUUUCCACUCUCGGAGUUUCUGAGUGGCAUCGUUCCUUGUAUCACCUAUCAGGAGUCUGGAAGUCUCAGAUUGAUAUUGAGUAUUCCCACGGUUGUACGAGCACAAGUACCCUGACUUAUACGGUACGGGUGCCCAGAUGCUGUAUUGUACUGUUUAAUAAUCUCAGCGUCUAUGGAGUUGUUUUCUCAGUCGUCGUCCCACAAAUCUUUUCGUGGGUAAUCUGUUGCACAGUACAGUGCCAUAUAAAUAUAAUUUCCGGUAUUGUCCCUGGGUGGCACGACUGAAAACAAUGCCUGCCGAACGACAUAACCAAAUCCCAGUGCCGGAUGGUUUACGAGCCAUGCUGCAAAAAUUUGUUGUGUCUGUGCUCAGAGAAAAGGUGCCCUCUGGGAAUCUUGUUCCAUACGCUGCUGCUUAUUUUAGCAGACUUAACUUGAACGAAGAGGCAUCCGCUCAUCGUACAGGCUCAAUGACAGCUCGUGUAGUAUUUCGCGAUGAUGUGUUGGACAGGAGUAAUGGCGAGCAUGACCGCGAAGAUCAGGAGUCGCCGUCUGGCGGCUCGUAUGGACACCGUGGAUCGGAAGACUCCAACGAGUUAGCGGAACUCCAGCAGUUUCAAAAACAGAAAAUGCGAAGACGCCAGUCUGUGUCGGCUGAAAGUUUUGAUCCUUCCGCCACGGAUGAGCCCGAAACGGAAAUAGUCCACUAUCAAAAAGACGAACAUCAGUUGGAGCGGCUGAAGAAAGCCGUGCAGGGCUGUUUUCUCUUUCGAUCUUUAGACAGUGCUCAGCUUCUCAAAGUACUCAAUGCACUUUUUGAGGUUGACGUGACGCCGGGAACACACGUUAUUGACCAAGGCGAUGAGAAUGCCGACAAUUUUUACGUUGUGGAAAGCGGAAUUUAUGAUGUUUACGUGAACAAUGCUCUACAAGAGCCGCAGCACUGCUGGGAGUAUGAUAAUUCGGGAUCGUUUGGAGAGCUAGCGUUGAUGUACAAUCAGCCGCGUGCCGCCACAGUCGUGGCACGCACAGCCGGCAAACUGUGGGCUCUGGAUCGUCAGACGUUCCAGCGCAUCGUCUUGAAAGCGGCUUUCAAGAAACGCUGCAUUUAUAUGGAUCUUAUUGAUAAUGUGGAUUUUCUCGCCGAAUUACAUCCAUACGAGAAGCAGAAUUUAUGUGAUGCGCUGCAGCCGAAAGUUUAUCACGAUGACGAUAUAAUCGUGCGACAAGGUGAUUUUGCGGAUGGAAUGUAUUUUAUUGAGAGCGGCGAAGUGGUGGUGACACGCAGUGAGGAAGGUGUGGAGAAGGAAAUCGACCGGCUCACUGACGGCCAGUAUUUCGGUGAAUUGGCUCUGAUUACACAACGACCGCGAGCUGCCACUGUCGUAGCCAAUGGGGAAUGUAAGGUUGCAUUCCUGGAUGUCAAGGCAUUUGAACGGCUUCUGGGUCCGUGUGUGGAGAUAAUGAAACGCAAUAUUGAUCGAUAUCGUCAUCAGCUGGAGAGAGUCUUCGGACAAAGUCACUUACUGGAAACAACGGAAUUGUAAUUUGUACCUUCCUUACUGCCAACACCAUGGAAAAGAUUCCCACUGCUGGUUCUUUUCAACAAUCAUGCCGGUCAAUAAGGGAACAAAAAGCAGGAAAAUGUUGCUCUUUGCUAAUUGAUUUUAUUAGCGUUAGCUUAAUGUGCUAAAGGAAGAUAACAUAUAUUUUCGCAUCACAAUAUUCCCGGCUUCUUCAUCCCACUCAUCCAGGAACGUGGAAUCGAAUUAUCUUUCCAACCGGUGUUUCCUUCUCGUCGUGUUUGGGCUCGUUCUGUUGGAUUCCCUUUUUAUGCAAUCCAUUUUUGCUUUCUUGCUGUAUUUUACUGGAUUUCCCCCGUUAUGUUUGAAUUUGGUUGACAUGUUUUAUUAUUAUUAUUUAUUUUUAAAAUUACAGUUUUAUUUGUUUUAACGUUGUUACGGAUAAAGGUUGGUGUAAGAUA